GGCCAGGCGGGGCUGUCACUUCUCCCGGGGGUGUGUGGCCCGCUCCGCUGGGAGUUGGAGAGGCUCUUUAACCUCGGCGGAUUGCUUCACAGCCAUGUCCAGGAUCUGGGUUCUCCUGCUUCUGAUACUAACCUCUAUUGCUGGACCAUUGUUGAAAAGUGUUAAAACCCAAGAGACUGAUAUCGACUCUGAGGCACUGAAAUUGAGUGAGAAUGUUAUUGAGAAAAAAUCUGAGUGCUUGGAGGUCCAGCAUGGUGAGGACAAGAUCUGCUGUCAGCCAUGUCCUCCUGGCACAAAGAGAGCUACUGAUUGUGCUGCCAAACCAGCCAAUGAGAACAUAACAGUCUGUGUGCCCUGCUCAGAAGGGGUGGAGUACACAGACGAGAAACAUUAUUCUUCUACAUGCAGAAGAUGUAGCAUUUGUGAUGAAGGAGAGGGUCAAGAAGUGGAAAAAAAUUGCACCAGUACCCAGAACACCAAGUGCAAAUGUAAAUCAAACUUUUUUUGUAAUGUUUCUCCAUGUGAACACUGUAACCGUUGCACUACGUGUGAACAUGGGAUCAUUGAGGCUUGCACACCAACCAGUAACACUAAAUGCAAAGAAGGAUCCAGGUCUAACUUACAGUGGUUGUUCGUCCUCCUCCUGAUCCCGGUGAUAAUAGCUGUAGUAAUAUAUUACAGAAAGAAAAUAUGUCCCAGAAAUAAGAAGGAUGGUCACCGUGAACGUGUAGCCUCAACUACUGAAAUGGUACCAAUGAAUCUCCCAGACGUUGACUUGAGUAAAUAUAUUAGUAUGAUUGCUGAACAAAUGGAAAUGAAUCAAGUUAAAGAAUUUACUAGGAAGAAUGGUAUCGAAGAAGCCAAAAUCGAUGAGAUCGAGCUCAACUAUCCCAACAAUACUGCUGAGAAGAAAGUCCAGUUGCUCCGUUGUUGGUAUCAACGUCAUGGGAAGAAAGGCGCAUAUGACACUUUGAUUAAAAGUCUCAAAAAAGCCAAUCUUUGUGUACUUGCAGAGAAAAUUCAAGAUACAAUCCAGAAGGACAUUGCUAGUGAACAUGAAAAUGCAAACUCCAAUAAUGAAAAUGAAACACAAAUCUUAGUCUAAAGUGAAAAACAACUAGCUCAGUUCUGAGUAUAGACAAUAAAAAGAAAAAGUAAUGUUUGAAUAAGGUCUUAAUAGUGUAAUCUGUAAAUAUUGCCUGGCUUUUUACUAGGUGUGUUUUCUUUUUUCAUUUAUUAGAUUUGUAGAGCUAAUAUAUUUAGAGGUUUUAAGGAUCUUGUGUGUGAUUCUGACUUUAAGGAUGUUUAAAAUUUAGUUGGGAGCACAGACAUGGUUAAGAGUAAAUGCUAUGGCAUGUUAAGUACACAGACAGGAGUAUAUUUAAAGGACAAAAGAUUGGAAUCAUGCUCUGUAGGUAUGAAUGUAAUUAGUGUAUAUGAAUGCAAAUGUCUAUCCAUAGGCUGACCCCAUUCCAAGAAUCAAUAGAAAUUGUGACCUUUUGUUGCAAUGUCAGAAUCACUGGAAAGACUACUUUGCUCCAAAAUUAGCUCCCCAGCUCCAUGAUGAUUCUAGAGAUUUUGCCAUAUUUAUAAACUUUGUUUGCGACUCUGAGAGGAGCAUAUUAGUGAAACCUUGUGUAUACAUCUGAAUGUAGAAUUUAAAAGGUUCUACCUCAAAGAUCUUUGCCUAAAUGAUUGGCAUUUCAUUGUGAAAUAUUUCAAUUUUGAAUUCACACAGAAAAUGCCGAUUAAAUUAUAAUGCUUGAAUAUUUUA